AUGACGAAACCAUCCAUCACAGUCAAGGCAACUCACACGGUCGUGAAUGCGAACCCCGAAAGGCUUGAGUCGCUUGGCAUGCCCUUCUGGCUUGGUCCCCUAGAUCACCUCGUCUACCCCUCGGUUCCCAUCAACGUCAUCUGGAUAUAUCAAGCCUCCACCGAAUUCUCCUCCGAUCUCGUCCCGGUUUCGCGGCUUCGCGAUGCUCUCUCGAUCCUCCUCGAUUACUACCCAACUCUGACCGGCCGACUUUCCAUUGAGUCUGAGUCCGGUCGUCGAUACCUGGGCCGUUUUGGUACCGGGAUUUCCUUACUCGAGGCGACUUGCGAUGAGGCUCUCACAGUCUUUAGCGGCUCAGCUGAUGGCAAAUUCGACAUAUUCAACUUCCCCUCUGCGGGUGAUUCCUUGCUUGGGCCAUGGGAAGGCUCCAUUGAGAGCGCUCAACGCGAUCCACUGUUGACUGUUCAACAUACACGGUUUGCAUGUGGCUCCGUAGGUGUUGGCCUUCGCAUCGCUCACAUGAUGUGUGAUGCAGGGGGUUUCCUCCAACUCUACCAAGAUCUGGCCCAGCUCUACCGGGGUUUAGCGUCCGGCACGGAAACCACACCCAAACUUGACGUUGCUCCCGCCAUCGAACCAUUUCUCUCUGGCAAAAUCGCUGGGAUGUCUGAUGAGGAACGCGAAGAAGCUCUCAAGAAUCAACCUCAAGGUUUUUCUCUAGUACCUACUCCAGAGCCAGCAGCAGCCCCAACCGAUGAAGACGACACAGUCCCCGAUAUCAAAGAAACACCCGCUCCUCCUCCUCCCAUCAAAGGCCGAACCAUUCACUUUUCAGCAGCUGAGCUGUCCGCAAUUAAGAAGCUGGCCACACCCCCAUCUGCAAGUUCUUGGGUGUCGACCUUCUCAGCCUUGUCAGCUCACAUCUUUCAACGCGUGCACAAGGCUCGCCUCGCUCAUCUCCAAGCUCAAAAACUUCCCGCUUCUUCUCUGGCAACGCCGUCUUUCUUGACCAGUAUCAACUACUCUUCGAAGCUUGCUUUUCCACCCAAGUACUUUCCCAACGCCGUCAUCACCCCCUUCGCCGAGGUCUCUUCCUCAGAGCUUGCCCAAGAACCUCUAUGGAAGAUCGCCGAGGUUAUUCACAAGCUGAUCCACUCAACCAUGCCGGAUCAAGCCCGCGACCUAUGUCUCUGGAUAGCGGGACAACCCGACAAAAACAGGAUCCGCCACGAGUUCCCAUUUGGUAGCGCGUCGUUCAUUACGAGUGCCUGGCAUAAAUAUCCCCUCUAUAGCGGUGCGGAGUUGGAUAUUGCGCCUGUAUUUGUGAGCCCUUCAUUCACGCUUACGGCACUGGUGGACGGACUGGCCUACUUUUUGCAGCCCAAGAACUCGGACGGUGACAUUGGCGUUCUCAUGUCACUGAGUGAACCUGUUUGGGGUCAUUUGGACCGUGAUAGCGGGUUUAGGCAUCUUGAGUUAUCUAACCAAUCGCUUGCAGCGGUAGAGACUUUUGGAAUUUUAUAG